CCUUAUAUUUUUUUCUCAUCCAUGUGAUCAUUGAUUUACAGGCAUUUAAAAUAUAUAUGUCUACAGAGAUGAACAUCUAUUUAACACUAACUGAGUAGCUAAUACCAAAAACCAAGAAUCACAGUGUGGAUUACAUUGAACUCAGUAGUCAAAAUGAAACUGUUUGGCAGACCACCAGAAAGACCACCCACAGAACUGAUCAAUAAUUGGUCUCAGAAAAUCAGGAAGGAAAUGAGAGGGAUUGACAAAGAGAUUCGACACGUUCAGAGGGAACAAGAAAAAGUUACACGGUCCAUUAAAGAUGCUGCUAAAAAGGGUCAAAAGGAUGUGUGCGUGAUCCUUGCAAAGGGGGUGAUUCAGUCAAAGCGAGCUAUUCAAAAACUCCAUGCUUCCAAAGCACACAUGAACUCUGUGAUACUCAGUAUGAAGAAUCAGCUGAGUGUGCAGCGUAUAGCUGGGGCCGUACAGCAGAGCACAGAGGUGAUGGAAGCCAUGCAGCUCCUUGUUAAAGUCCCCAAGAUCCAGGCUAUCAUGAGGGAGCUAUCCAAGGAGAUGAUGAAGGCUGGUAUGAUUGAGGACAUACUGCAAGACUCAUUUGAGAGAAUGGAAGACGAAGAGGAGAUGGAGGAAGCAGCGGACGAGGAAGUUGAAAACAUCCUCUUCCAGGUCACAGCAGGUGCACUCGGAACAGCUCCAAACAAAGUCACUGAUUCGCUGCCCAGUGUGGAGCCAGCUGGAGCCUCCACGGCCUUAGAUGAUGAAACUGAAAACCUUGAAGCGAUGCAUUCGAGACUGGCAGCUCUGAGGAGCUAAGACGAACUGCUACUGAGAGUUCUGGUGCAGGAUUUACAGUGCUUCAGAUUAAAUGUGUUAGUCUGCAUAAAUAACUUGGAUUAAAGUGCAAAUGCGUAACUUUUAAUUACAAAAACAAAAACAAUGUCCGUCUCUACAUGACAUAUGACUCGGGCCAGGUUGUGUAUAUGUAUAUGUAUAUGUGUAUACUGUAUAUUACGCUGCAUACAUCACAACGCAGCAAGGACAGGAGGCUUUUCUGACUUUGAAUGACUCGGCUCUGGUCUCAGCUGUCAUUUUUACCUUGUUGCUCCACUAAUUGACUAAAUGCAUGGUCACUCCCUGGUUUUCAAUAAGCCAGCCUGACUGAUGCAAAGAUGCAGACAAUGGAAAUGUUUUAGAUCAAUAUUGGAAUCUUUAUAAUCUAACAUUACCUUAAAAAGACCAAGUUUCCCCUUAGUAGCAACUGACCAGAAGGAGCUGCCUCAUAUUUCAGCAGGAGUUGCAAGUGGUGCUUUUAUGUGUGUAAUGUUACUUGUAGAGCUGCAACUAACCAUUAUUUUCAUAAUCGAUUAAUCUGUCGAUUAUUUUCUCGAUUAAUCGUUUGGUGUUCAGAAUAUCAGAAAACUUUAAAAAAUGUGGAUCGGUGUUGGUCAAACCUGGAAAUGAUGAUGUUCUCAAAUGUCUUGUUUUGUCCACAAACCAAAAUGAUUCACUUUUAUUGAUUUCUUUGUUAUCCAGAGCAACGAAAUUAAGAAAAUAUUCACAUUUAAGAAGCUUAAACAAUCGGAAAUCUUGUUUUAAUUAAUAAUCGAUUCAUCGAUUAAUCGUUUUAGCUCUUGUUACUUGUCCAGACUCCAGGAAGUAACUUUUGAUUAGUAAGAGACUUAUGAUUUUGAAAGAUUGUUAAAAUACUAUUGUGCAGCCCUACUGAACAUCCAGGUUCAUGUUUAGCAGUAGAAACCACUUCUUUUUUCACUUGUUUUAUAUAUAUUUAUUAACCAAGUUUCAGAUAUAAAAUCAUACAAAAAUCCGGUACAACAACACGUCCACACCAUAACUAUAGGAGAGUCAUAUUCAACCAAGAAAGUCCCUUGACCUAAGAGAUCAGCAUCGGGACACACUGAACCAACAAAGGUUCCUAGACUACAUAGGAAACGAAUCAACAGGU